AUGCUAGAUCGUAGUGUCGCACGUCUCGCCUGCGGAUUGCGCUCUACAUCGUCGGCCCUCGCACGUCCAUCGGCACCCAAGCGCUUUGUUCCCACAACGACCCGCUUUCAGUCUCAUAUCUCGGGCUCCGCAUCGCUAUUGCUUCAAAAAUGGAGAUUUGUGGCCGCUACUGCAGUAAGCACGAGUGCUUCGUAUGCUUUUUGCUCGACUGCUGCUUCAGUUACGGAUACGGUCAAUACGAAUAGGGCAGUGCCAAAGGUGGUGCUCUAUCAGUACGAACCGUGUCCCUAUUGCUGCAAGGUGAAGGCUGUACUGGACUACCUCAAGCUCCCGUACGACGUGGUGGAAGUCAAUCCACUGACCAAGAAGGAGACCAAAGCUGUGACCGAGUAUGCCAAGGUGCCAGUUGUCACUAUUGGCAAUGAGCUGGUCCUUGAGCAUAAAGAGCCGCAGGAGGAGGAAGCCCAGUGGUGCCAAUGGGUCGACCAGAAGCUCAUUGUCUUGACCCCUCCCAAUAUCUAUCGCACGCUGCCGGAGGCGCUGCAGGCUUUCGACUAUUGCUUGGCCGCUGGAAACUUCACGUCCAUGGAGCGUCACUUGUCCAAGUACGUCGGGGCAAUGGUGAUGUACCUCAUUGCCAAGCGGUCGAAGAAGAAAUACGGUAUUGACGAUGAGCGACUGGCGCUGUAUGCAGCUCUGAAUAGCUGGGUUGAUGCGGUUGGUGACAAGCGCCCGUUUCUUGGAGGGCAUGAACCGAACAAAGCAGACCUCUCGGUCUUUGGUGUCCUUCGUGCGAUGCACGGCCUGGACACGUACAACGACGUGAUGCGUGAGACGAAGAUCUGGCCGUGGUUUCGAUGCAUGACGGAUAGGGUUGGCUCCAGCUCACGCACUGCAAGCAAGCAACUAGAGAACACGGUCAAGGAGUAA